AUGGACGAGGAGGAAAACGGAGCGGUGGCCUGGCUGACCCUGCAAGAGAUGCACGCCUGUGGUCCUGCACCGGGCCAGGGCAGCACGACAGACGAGAAAAAGAUACAUGCCGGCUCGAGAGCAAUCUACGGUCUCCGGCAUCCUCCCCGCUCACGCUUAAUUCCGAUCCGUCGACCUGAACUUCUUGUGGGACACACCCCAUAG